UCAUACGCCCGAAGUGUGAAUCGGAGACAAAAACUACUUCCAAUCAUCAAAGCUUGAGGUUUAUUACAUAAAAGUCAUAUUCGAUCAUCUCUCGAUCAUAACAUCUUGACAUUACCAUUCUCAUUAUCAUCUUCAAUCACCGCCGUACGUGUUACGCCGGCGUCAUGGCAGAAGCAGCCGUUGAAGAAACCACUUUGGAAUACACGCCGACAUGGGCUCUUGCCACAGUUUGCUUCUUCUUCAUUUCCAUCUCCAUCGUGCUUGAACACUUGAUCUACCUCCUUGUAUCAUGGCUGAAAAAGCAUCGAAAAACCGCCUUAACUGAUGCGGUUGAGAAGCUCAAAUCAGAGUUGAUGCUACUGGGAUUUGUAUCACUGCUAUUGGCGGUGACCCAAGAUAGGAUAUCGAAAAUAUGCAUAUCUGAAAAGCUAGGAAACAUAAUGCUUCCAUGUCGUAAAGCCUUGAAUGAGACUCCCAAAGUUGAAACAGUCGAGCACUAUGUGAACAAAUUUGCGGCCCACAUUAAUUCAUCAAGUGCACAUGUCGUGUUUGACGAAAUGCUCAGGCAAACGCAGAGGAUACUCGCCGAGGAGGAGGAAGCAACUGUUGAGGAUUACUGCGGUGAUGGAAAAGUUUCGUUAGUGACGAAAAACGCACUUCAUCAGCUUCACUUGCUGAUCUUUGCGCUUGCGGUUAUGCAUAUAGUGUAUAGUGUUCUAACCAUGGCUUUGGGGAGGGCGAAGAUGAGGCGCUGGGAAGCUUGGGAGGCAGAAACUCGAACAAUGGAAUACCAAGUUGCCAAUGAUCCCAAUCGAUUCAGACUUACAAGACAAACAACAUUUGCAGAACGACACAUGAAUUCGUGUACAGAGACAUCGUUUCAUCUCUGGAUUAAAUGCUUUUUCAGGCAAUUCUAUAAUUCAGUGGCAAAAGUUGACUACUUCACCAUGAGGCACGGUUUUAUUUCGGCUCACCUGUCAAACAGGCACAACAACUUUGAUUUCCAAAAGUACAUACAGCGAUCUUUGGAGGAGGAUUUCAAGAAAUUGGUCGGAAUCAGCCCUGUAAUGUGGUUUGCAGUAGCCGUUUUUAUGCUGGUGGAUGUAUAUGGUUGGCACGUAUAUCUUUGGCUAUCAUAUGUUCCACUCUUGGUCGUUCUGGUCCUAGGAACUAAACUUGAGUACAUUGUUGCAAAGAUGGCGCUUCAAAUUAAAGAACAAAACAAUGUAAUCAUUGGAACACCUCUUGUUCGACUAAACGAUGAUCAUUUUUGGUUCAAGAGACCAAGAUUUGUCUUAAAGCUUCUACAUUACACUUUGUUCCUGAAUGCAUUUGAGCUGGCCUUCUUUAUUUGGGUUACUGUUCAAUUUGGAUUCAAAUCGUGCUACCACGAGCACAUGGUGAUCAUUGUUACAAGAAUUUUCUUAGCGGUGACCACCCAAGUCCUCUGCAGCUACAUUACUCUUCCACUCUAUGCACUUGUGACACAGAUGGGCUCACAAUUCAAAGGUAAGAUACUAGAAGAUAACAUGGCUGGCAUUCUAAAGCAAUGGCACGGUGAUGUGAGGAGGAAAAGGAGGAAGGAAGAACGAGAAUCACAUUCUGGACGGACGUCUUUUUCCGUGGAAUGGAGCUCCAUGAGGCACAGUAUUUCUUCUUAUAUGAGACCAAGCCCUUCCAGACGGGGCGAAAAUGCCGAUAUUUCUAACAGAGGGGACAACAGGGAAGAGAUAGUAGAAUUAGAAGAAAGCUCCUCAUCAAGGGGUCAAAUAAGAGUUGAUGAUUUUAGGACAUGAGCAGUAGUGGAAUUACAAAGCCUAUAGGAGGGUUAAUGGUCGAAGGUCAGUCGGACUCUGAUGGCCACUUUGUAGCCAAUUGUAGGGGUAAAUACAUCAUUGAAUCAAAAUUACAAUUUUAUUAAACUAAAUUUACAACAUUGAGAACAAAAUUACAACAUGUGUUUUUUAUAUUUAUAAAUAACAAA